CGCGGGGUUCUUGGUCGACUUUCCACACCAUAGAUCUGAGCAAUGCGGACGGGAGCAUUCCGCCAGAUAUGCACCUGCAGCCGGACAACUGUGUCCGCUCAGCUACGACCGCUUUGGUUAUUAUCAAAUUUGAACUCACGACGGUUACAAAGCAGUUCAAGCGGGGAAUCAGAGGGAAGCCCUCGCUUCAGUUCGGAGAGCGGUAGCAUAUCCACAGUGGAUUCCGUCGUACGGCGCUCUGUGCAUCGCAAGUUUCUGGGAAAGGGACAACCCUUUGUUGACUUCAAACGCGUCAAAGUGACGGCUGGGAAAGGCGGCGACGGGGCAAUCACAUUCUUCAAAAGUAGUCGAAAUCCGUUCGGUCCCCCAAGCGGAGGAAAUGGUGGUCGUGGAGGAAACGUGUUCAUAGUUGCUUCAAAAGAAAUCACUUCAUUAAAUGGGGUGCAAAAUCGUUAUGCGGCGCCGGAUGGAGGACCUGGACAAGGAAAGCAGAUGCAUGGGGCCGAUGGCAAGGAUACCGAAAUUGUUGUACCGGUGGGAACCCAAGUGAGGCAAUUCGAACCGCACGAACGAAAGGACUCUACGACGGAUGAUGCAGAGGAAGGGAAUGAAAACGAUAUGAAUGCAUUUGAAGAUGAAGCAAGAUCUGAGGAAGACAUCAAAAUCGAAAAUAUGGAGUUGAUAAGUAAAUUCUACAAAUUUCGCUCAGGUUAUACUCCACAAGAAGAUCGCAUGCAAAUGCUUUUAGAGCGUAUACCGUACGAGCAGAGCACAACAGGCCAAUUUGUGGAUUUUGAUCUUACAAGCGACGGGGAACGACAUCUCGUAGCGCAGGGCGGAAAGGGAGGGCAAGGAAACCCUCAUUUUCUCUCAUCUGAAAUAAGGGGCCCAGCGUUAGCAGGCAAAGGGAGGCCAGGGACGACUCUCUGGCUGGAAUUGGAGUUGAAAACAAUCGCAGACGCUGGUCUUGUGGGCUUACCGAACGCCGGAAAGUCGACGUUUCUAGCCGCUGUGUCGAACGCACAUCCUCGUAUAGCACCCUAUCCUUUCACUACUCUCAAUCCUUAUGUUGGCACCAUUGACUUUCCGGAUUUCUGGACGAUGACCAUAGCUGACAUUCCCGGGCUCAUUGAAGGUGCACAUCGGAAUGUCGGCAUAGGACACCGGUUCUUGCGCCACGUAGAGAGAAAUCGAAUGCUCGUAUACGUGAUUGAUCUUGCAGGGAAAGCGCCAUGGCGAGAUUUUGAAGUACUGAUGCGUGAAUUAGAGGCAUACAAACCUGGUUUGACCAACAAGCCGAGCUUGAUCGUGGCAAACAAAGCGGACAUGGGCAAGAUUGCCAAGGAUAACUUGGAAAUUCUCAAGUGUAAGACGAAUGUGCCCAUCGUGCCGAUUUCUGCGAUGGAGAGAAAGAAUAUCACAAAAGCCACCGAUCUAAUGAGGCAGAUGGUGGAGAAGAUUCGAGCGGAGAGCACAGAUUAGGAUGUUGUAAAUAGUUUCUUACAUUUGUAUUUAUUUAUUACAAUACACAUAGGGCCAUAGUGAUCACUGCACAGGA